UAUAUUGAUAAGUCACCUUGUCCUAGAGAUUUACAUGGUUAUCAAAACAUCACCCCAGGGUAAGCCUACACAAAACAGCCCUGUGUAAGUGUUUCUAAAUUUACCUAAGGGAAAAAAUUAUGGUGGGAAAAUUAUCGGAACCAUUUCAUUGUUUGACUGCUAGGUUUUAUGGGUAUUGUGACACCUUCACUCUGGGGCUCUAUUGUAGCCGAUGCAUCUUGUAUCGGUUCCUUAUUUCAUCUAAUAACAUCUUCCUCUCAUGAAAAAAUAUAAUAAAAAGUUGCAUGGAGCAUUGACUCACCCAUAGCUAUUUGUUCCCAUCUAUCACAAUUAAAAGUGAUGCCGGAAAAACAUUGAAGACCAACUAUGUCCUUAUUGAAUCCAAUUAAUUUAUUGAUGUUAUGUCUGCUGUUGUAUCAUGAAACAGAAGGAAGGGUCAAUAUUUCCAUCUGAAGAGGUUGUCGUGAAAAUAUGUUAUAAAGUAUAAAUCGAUAGUGUCAGUUGCCGACUCUUUUUUGACUUACACAGAUUUCUCUAUCCUGCUGUAAUACCACACAUUUUUUGGUGACAAAGGAGUUGGACUAUAGUCUCUUGUUAUUUAUUAAAUUGAAUCAUCCAUGGCCCCCAGAGAAUCUCAUGACAUGUUACAUUUUUGGGCUGCAUUCUGCUGACUAGCAACAGCCAUUAAGUAAGUGGGUAUAACACAAUGGUAUUGUGAGCCUGUCAACUCAGACUAAAUAGCAUAGUACUGGGGUAGUUUAUUGAGAAAGGUUUGCACACUUGAGAAGGAAGAAGUGAAUAAGGGAAGGAUAGAAUACUUUGCUUCUGUUGAUUUUCAUUUUAUUCAGUUGAAUGAGUGGCCUCAAGAAGGAUUUCCAUAGCUGGUUCUUCCAACCUCCAAUGACACUGCUGAACAAGGUGGUUUUGCCCUCUGGAGGGAGGUAUACCAUCACCCUCCAGUUGGCAGCUGUGAUGUGCUGUGUGAUGGUAUGUGGCGGGACCCCUGACCCCCGUCAGAGGGAGACAAUGAUGCACCAGGAGGUCUCCAGGCAGACAGGAGGUCAUGUGCAGCUGACAGGUGCAGAGCAGCGGCUCGACGCACACCUUCGCAAGCUAAAAGAACAAGAGAUGGCUGCGGCCCAGUUCCCUCCUGCCUUUCACUUCUUCAAGGCACGGCCCCUCAUCCAUAAGAGUCCCAUCUUUAGCCUGCUGCAAAGGAUGCCCAAAGGGGCAGCCCUCCACAUCCACAGCUCAUCCCUGGUGAGUGUUGAUUGGCUGGUGAAGAACAUCACGUACAGGCCCCAUUGUUACAUCUGCUUCACAUGGGGCAGGUCUGUACGGUUCGUCUUCUCUAGUCGCCGGCCCUUCCCUACCUGGGACUGCCUCCUCUGGCAACUGUUGAAGACCUUGAGAGCCAACAUGGCGGAUCCUACAGACUUUGACUACAGCUUAAUGCAGAACCUCACACUGUUCACUGAGGAUCCAGACACUACCUACCCGAGCCAAGAUGCAGUGUGGGAGAGGUUUGAGAUGGCAUUCGUGGCCAUAGCUGGGCUGGUCASCUACGCUCCUGUGUUUAAAGACUUUCUCUACAAGGGCUUAGAACAGCUGUUUCAUGACAACAUCAUGUACCUGGAACUAAGAACUGGACUAUCAAGGACAUAUGAGCUGGAUGGAAGCAUCCAUGAUAAAGCCUGGUCCCUGAGGACUUAUCAGGAAGUCACUCAACAGUUUGUGGCUGAACACCCUAGCUUUCUAGGGGCUCGACUCAUCAUUUCCGUCCAUAGGCUUCUAAGUGUGUCUGAUGUUAAAGCAGCUGUAAAAGAGGCCAUUCAGAUGCAGAAGGAUUUCCCAGAGUUUGUUGCAGGAUUCGACCUGGUUGGCAGGGAGGACAGGGGACGACCUCUCUGGUUCUUCAGGGAGGCCUUAUCUCUACCUGCAGAGCUUGGAGUCACGCUGCCAUACUUCUUUCAUGCAGGAGAGACUGACCAUGAAGGCACUGAAGUGGAUGAAAACAUUCUGGAUGCCCUACUGUUCAACACCACACGAAUUGGGCAUGGUCGUGACAAUGGGUAUGCGUUGGCACACCACCCACUGGCAAAGGAGCUCUCCAUGAAAGACAACGUGGCUGUGGAAGUAUGCCCCAUCUCAAACCAGGUGCUGAAGCUUGUGUCCAACCUAAGGAACCACCCUGCAGCUGUGCUGAUGUCUGAGGGCUACCCCAUGGUGGUCAGCUCUGAUGACCCGUCCCUGUUUGGGACCACUGAGCGUUUCUAUGACUUCUAUGAGGUGUWUGUGGGCAUCGGUGGCUUGAGGGCUAACCUGGGCACUCUCAAGGAGCUGGCCAUCAACUCCAUAAGAUAUAGCUCACUGCCAUCACAGUUGAAGGAGAGAGGGCUGGCCAUGUGGCAGAGGAUGUGGGAUAAGUUCAUCUCUGAGAACUCAUAGAGAAAUCCCUGAGCAGUCGAGGACGGGACUUCUUCAAAACCACAAUGAUGUCAACUCAGCUCUAUAUGAUGUCAAUGCAGACACAUAUUCUCUGACCCUCUUUGGUGAAAAUCUACAGUGAAUCAAUAACAAACCACAA